UUGGCAACAUGCAACUGGUACGGCAACAAGUCUUUGUUCCAGCCGUCAAGCUCCAAUGAAAAAGAAAUUGUGCCUGAAAUUGUAACAUGAUAGAUGUUGAAAAUUAUUUCUAUGAUCCUGAUAGAUACCAUUCAGUUUAAAACAGUUCCUAGUUUUUUUGGUUGGUUCAAAUUAAAAACUUACUCACCAUGUUUUGUUUCAACGCCGUGUUCCUGCGCAUGUUUUGUUUCUUAUUUGUGCUUCAGCAGGCUUAUAGUUCAGAUGACGAUGGUUCCAGCGAAGACUUAGUGUUUUCAAGCUCAUUACUGGAAAGUAUGCCACAUUUUCCAUUGGACAUGUUUGGAGAUGAUGAAGAAAACAGCCUAGAUGUUUUUGGAAAUGGUACACUUGGUCUAUUAUCUCCUAACCUAAAUCACCAUGCCAAGUAUCAGUGCCAUUCCUGUGAACAACCAGAUUGUUCGGAAGAAACCAUUUGCAAUAAUGCUUAUCAGUGUUGGAAGUCCAAAGUCAGAGAUCUCUCUGGUCUGGAGUCAGUUUCAAAAGGCUGCACAACAAGUGCUGAACAAGUUGUACUCUAUUGCAAUACAUUGUCCUUUGAUGGAAAUGGAGAAUAUCAAAGGGAGAGCAGUUCAUAUGCUAUUGAAUGUUGCGAAGGAAAUUUUUGUAACAAUGGAUCUUUUCCUAUGCUUCCCACCACCCAAUAUGCAGGAAGCUCUGAAACUGAUGAUUACAAUGCAACUAUUUUGCGUCUGAUGCUAGCUAUCCUUUGCCCUGUUAUUAUAUUGGGAAUUGCACUUGCCAUAAUUUUACUGAUGAUGCGCCAUUGGCAUAGACGUCGCAUGGCUCGGUUAACUAGUAUGGAAGGCUCGCAAGAUCCGGACUACACUUACAGGGAUGAAUUGCGAGUUACAGCUGCUGGGGAUAGUACCUUGCGAGAAGUGUUCGAACAUUCUGUCACGUCGGGAAGUGGUUCUGGUAUGCCUUUACUUAUACAGCGAACGUUGGCUAAACAGAUCACGCUAGGAGAGUGUAUCGGGAAAGGUCGCUAUGGAGAAGUUUGGCGGGGAUUGUGGCAUGGAGAAAGUGUUGCUGUCAAAAUUUUCUUUUCCAGAGAUGAAGCGUCGUGGACUCGAGAGACGGAAAUCUAUAGUACUAUGUUAUUCCGACACGAAAACAUCUUGGGAUACAUUGGAUCAGACAUGACGUCGCGCAACUCUAUCACACAGUUGUGGCUUGUGACACAUUACCACCCAUUAGGAUCCCUUUACGACCAUCUGAACCGCCAUUCGCUCAACCACGUUCAACUUUUGCAUCUAUGUAUAUCAGCCAUCAGUGGUAUUCUUCACCUUCAUACUGAAAUUUUCGGGACUCAGGGUAAACCAGCAAUAGCUCAUCGUGAUAUCAAAACGAAAAAUAUUCUGGUUAGAUCAAACGGAAUGUGCGUCAUAGCAGAUUUCGGCCUGGCAGUUACUCACACGCAAACCACGGGAGAAAUGAAUGUUGCCAAUAAUCCACGUGUAGGGACAAAACGUUACAUGAGCCCCGAAGUAUUAGAUCAAACAAUCAAUAUGAGCAUUUUUGAAUCUUUUCGGCGAGUGGACAUGUACGCGUUCGGUCUUGUGUUAUGGGAGAUGUGCCGACGUACUGUGUCAUCAGGACUUGUCGAAGAGUAUCGACCUCCAUUUUUUGACAUGGUGCCAUCUGAUCCAAGUUUUGAAGAUAUGCGUAAGGUUGUUUGCAUUGACCAAUACCGACCCAUCGUUCCUCCUCAUUGGGAAUCAGAUCCAAUUUUGUCCGGCGUUUGGAUUUUAAUGAAGGAAUGCUGGCACCAAAAUCCGAACGUCCGUCUGCCAGCUCUUCGGCUAAAGAAAUCUCUGUUGAAACUAGCUAUGCAAGACCCUUCCCUAAACUUUAGACUGGAUUUUUAAUGACAACAGCGUGGUGCCUUCAAUAUCAGGUAGAAUUUCGAAGAAUCUCUUUCAAGACAGUUAAGAUCCCGUGUAUAACCACGCUAGGUUUUGCUCUUGGUUUGUCUUCAUCUUUCUAUUGUUGCUGGGGAAAAGCUUGACCCGCGUGAUUCUUUGCAUCCACAGUGUAUUUUCUGGAAUUGACAAAGAAAACUCCAAAGUGCCAUAAAGGUGUUGUAUUUGACUUGCCCAUCCGUAACCUUUUUAUGUAGUUGACUACAGUGUGCCAAGAGUGGUAUUCAUCGGAUUCUUUAAACUUUUUUUUAGUUGAGCAGCUUGCAUGUUGUGCCUUAUCGAUUUUUUUUUCCAAACUUUCCAAAUUGCGUCAAUUGGAUGUGAAAAGGAAUUAUGUCAAUAGCCAAAUCUAUCGUGAAUGUGAGUUUUUGUGCUGCAGCUGAGAAAAGCGUUGAAAAAACUAUGUGUGAGGACUACUCUUUUCAUUGAAAAUAAAGUUCUCAUUGUAAUGCAA